UCUCAUUUGGGCUUCGCAGCUAAAAAUUACAUCGCCUACAUCCUGAUUUAUGCACGUGCGUCUCGAAUGUUUGUUGACGAAGUUGACGAGAGUGCCAUUUCGGCUGCGCGCGAUUCGCCCCUGGGUGGCGGUAAGGCCACCCAAACUCGUCUACUUCAGGCAGCAGUUGUUUCCGUUUUUUCCCCAGUCACGCAGUCUGGGUGUCACCUGAAUGCGCAUGUGCUGUUUCUGCAGCCGCGGUUUCUCCCCAAGCGUGCCGCCCUCAUCGUCUUGCGCCCACACCGGUUGGUUGCUCUUCCCUUCAAAGUCGAAAUUCCCCUUGCGAGGCUUCUGUUUUUAAAUAGUAACCACGACUCCGCUAUCAUCCACCGCAGACAAAACGAUGAGUUCUCGAUAGCACUCCUUUGGGCGUUUGGGUACUCACGACACUCGUCGCAUGCCGAUAUGACGUUGCUCUCGCCUCCACUAGCGCCGUCGAUGCACCCACAACCUGGUCUAAACUUGGCGCAAGACUUGAAUGCUUGUCUUCCGUGGGAAGCAGUACCAACCAAUCCAACCUCCUGCUCCAAGUUGAAUUUUGUGGGCAGACCAGGCUUAGGCGUUCACGUAGUCGGCUUUGAAAGCGCUGGCAGGCCCCUCUCUAUAUUUAUAACCGUAAAGUUAACUGGUUUCAACGCCAGUGAAAAUGGACCCGCGAUGGGUUGCAUCGCGUCAGAAAUGUUUGGAGUUGAACUGACUCCCAGCGACUGCCUGCUGACGUGGCACUCGGUAGAUCAAUUUCCGCGCACCCGGUCCUUGACCAAUAUGCCCGCGCAUUCAAUCAUCAUCAAGUCGGCGACCAACUUGGGUGUAGACAGGAUGGAUCCAAUGGACGGCAACGCGCACGCGUCCAACGAUCAGCUCGGCACCUCCGCGCCCACCCCAGACAAUGAACUCAGCAGUCCCGUCCAAUUCACGAUCCGAUUCUUCCGAGGUGCCCCCGUUCCAGGACAGGGACGCAUUGCGGAUCGCCACAACACCCUUCAUCAACAGGCACACCAUGGUUGCCUGGUUGAGAACCACUGGCCUCGAUGUCGAAAUAGGCUCCACAAGUCUGACAUCGUCCUAGCUCCUCGGUGCUGGAGGGUCAUCGCAGUCAACUUGUGGUCCAAUGCAGUCGGUGAGUUGGGAAGUUUGGCGGCUUUUGUUGGCGCCUUGCACGAUCGAACUCCGAAAACCAAACGUCGCGCCCUUGCUCCAGCCAAUGAGGGACUCGGGAAAGGUGUGGGGGUCAAGCAAGUUUACGCAAUUGAAAGACGCUUCACGAAUCGAUCAGUUUUCAAGGGAUUACCUAUCAAAAGUACGACCGCCCUCUUUCUAUUUUACCCUCGACAGUUCAAGGACGACCCGCCCUACUCCAAAGAGUACGACCACCACUUCUUCAAGAAGGUCCCACAAGGCGCCGAGGCGGUGAACAUUCUGGUCGGCGAGACGCACUUCCUCAAGCACCCCGUGUCGGCCUUCGUGCGACUGAAGGAGGCGUGUCGGCUUGGCGACAUGACCGAGGUGCCGGUGCCCACGCGCUUCCUCUUCAUCCUCCUCGGCACCCCCGGCAACGGCUCCAAGUACCAACAAAUCGGCAGGGCCAUGGGGACUCUCUUCUCGGACGAGAUGUUCCUGGACUUCGCCACUCGCAGCCGGUCGCGGAAUGACUUGUUGGCCGGCAUUGACGAAUUCCUCAGUGCCUCCUCGCUCCUCCCACCGGGCCAAUGGGACCCCGCCUCCCGCAUUGAACCGCCACACGCCAUCCCCUCUCAGGCAUGUUUCGCUUGA